CUCGCGGCUCCGGUAGAGACUCUUCCUGAUAGAGUAAAACGCCACUCUGGUGUGUUAGCGGUUUCUCUGAAGGUCGUCUGUGCUAACUCUGGUUAAACAUGUCGCUGCCAAAGCCGGUAAUGAGGGGCUUGUUGGCGAAGCGCCUCAGGUUCCAUCUGCCCAUCGCGUUUGGAGUUGCGAUAACAACAGCUCUAUUGUACAAGUUUGCAGUGACUGAGCCCAGAAAGAAGGCAUAUGCUAAUUUCUACAAGCAUUAUGAUGCUGUCAAAGAGUUCAAGGCCAUGAGAGAAGCAGGGAUCUUUGAGAGUGUGCGUCCUGCUGGAAAGUAAUACAUAUCUUCACCGUCCCGUCAUUCAUUCCUGGCCUGAAGAUGGUUUCCCUUUGAUGCUUACUGAUUACAUAUGAACACUGUUCUGCUGUUUGUUCCUCAAAAUAAACUAUUCUAUUAAUGAAA